AUGAGCCACCACAGCUCGGGAGGGGGCGGUAAUGCCACUGAGUGCAAAAUGACGAUGUUGUUCAACACGCACACGAUCGAUGCCUGCUUCCUCACGGCCGACUGGCACAUCAAGAACGAGGGCAUGUUCGCGGCAACCUGCAUCGGCGUGCUCCUCCUAGUCGUUUACGCCACGUUCCGCGCCACGCCGCCGCAGCAGCUGGUGCGCGCCGUGCUGCACGCCGUCACCUUUGGCCUGGCCUACAUCGUCAUGCUGAUCGCCAUGUACUACAACGUCAUCCUGCUGGUCAUGAUUGUGCUCGGCGCCGGCAUCGGCAAGUUCUUUUGCGACUGGAUGACGAGGACGAUCCUUAUCGACGGCGGCGGCCCGGCGGGCGGUGGGGCGACGGCGGCGGGGCCGGCGAAGGCGGUUGGGGUGGAGGAGCCUUCUGUCUGCUGCGGCUAG